CAUAGAGACCGGGGACUAGAAGAAGUGUGACUGCGAUCGCAGAUGGUCACUUGAAGCGAAAACAGAGUGCAUCCGAGUGUAUCCUUAGCCCAGUUCUGUGUCACAUUUGUGCAUGGUCGUGUGGGGAUGUCUCCUAAAAAACAACAAAACAUUUUUUCAGUUCUCACCAGAAAGUGGUUACUAGUCGCUGUAUUCUCCAGCGCCCCCGUGGAAGUUCCUAUUCGGUCGGCCACACACACACACACACACACACCCAACAGGCAACAAACGUGUUUUUGGCUGUGCUAUGAUAUCACCCCUGCUGUCUUUUUGCUUUUUGUGACCUUAGUAAGAAUGAAGUUUGCUGUAAUAAUUCAACUGGUGAAGUUCCAAUCUCCAAAUGCUGGGGAAAUGGCACCUACUGAGUUUAUGCCUGUCAUUCAUUCAGCUGUUAGACACAGAAUAAUAGGCAGAAACUCAAUAGGUCGUAUUUGUUUCCCCAGAAUUUGGAGAUUGGAAGGUUACCAGUUGAAGUUCUGGGUGUUGUGCGACUGAAGUACAGGAAGAAUAUCAAUAGGGAAUGCUUCCAUCUUUCCAAGCUAGGUGAAGAUGCGUCUGCCUGCUGCCUGUAACACAUCUGUUAAAAUUCCUGGGCCCUCUGACCCUUAAACUUAGCAGCGUCUCCUCCUUAUGAGACACAAGGUUGGGGGGGGGGGUAAAAGCUGGCUGCAAGCACUGAGGCCUAGCAGUUCUAAGGUAAAAUGAAGAAAAAAUCAGGAGGAGCUACUGAAGCAGCCGCACUGCAAGGCCUAUGUGAUAGGGAACAGGUUCAAUCUACCUUAGAGACACCAGUUAAACCAAUCAAGUGUAAUAGUUGCUCUUUAUUUUCAAGUCGCUUCUCCUUCCCUGCAUGGGAGUGGGGCAGAGGUGGAGAUUUAAUCAGCCCAGAAACAAGCCCUUCUUAGGUGUUUCCAGUGCUAUAGACAAAAAGAGCAGGGGACACUGACCAGCCAAUAUUUGCUCCCCCUUCCUUCUUACAGUCUCUCCCUUGGGGAAAAAAAGGGGGGGCAAAGAUCAAAUGAAAGUAUCCCCCACAUAUGGGCAUGCUAUAUAAGAGGGGGGAUUUUUGAGUUAUAAUACUAACUCUAAUACUUGUGGUCUUCACUCCCCUCAUCUCUUCUCCUAUGUAAUCUUAAUUGCCAGCAAACAAACAUGCUACCAUGCAGGAAUCUACACAUGGCAGAUUUCCUGAAUUUCCUUUCACAAACCCCUUUUCCAUUAUUUUAAGGAAUUAGUGCAAAACAAGUCACAGACAGGAUUGACUGAAGCUUCUGGCCUGGCCUGAACAAGAGGGUUGCGCAGUACUGAUGUCAUAACAACUUCAACCAAUGGGAGAGCUUUCUUGCCCAGCCAAGGAAAUGUGAAUUUUUAAACAGUGGCUAGCCUUGGCUUUAGGAGGUUGUGACAGGGAAAAACCAAGCGGUAUUUACACAAGGAGGUGCCUGAAGUCAUGCAGCCCUUGGAUUCGGAGAGAGGCUUAAUCAAAAUCAGCCACUGUAAGAAAGACAUAUUUUGUUCCUUUGUGCCCAAGCACUGUCCUUUGUGUGGGCAGAAUCUGAUCUUCAGGAGACUGGAAGAAGCCCCUGUCAGUAUUCCCACCCCUUUUAUCAAUGGGCACCGAGAAAAGUGUUCUUUUUUACUGAAACCUACUACAGGGACUUUUCUAAGAGGCUAUGAUGGAAGAUCUGAUCUUCAUGUUGGAAUAACCAAUUCUAAUGGUUUGGUGUUUAAUUACAAUGAAACAGGAGUUAACAUAGCUGAACAUGGAUGGGAACAAUGUGUAAGUGUCCCUCUAAUACAGCCCGACAUGUAUAGUCUGCUUAAACAAUGGGAUAUAUACCUUGAGCAAUUCUCAGCAAGAGAGAUCUGGCUUCCACACAGGUAUGAAGAACAUUUCCACAACUGCUAUACAUAUGCAUUGACAUUUAUUAACUGUGUGUUAAGUGCCCAAGGGAAGCAGCAAAUAAAUAAAAGUGAGUUUACUGAAAGAUUUGUGAUUCCACGGACAAGGAAAGCUUCCAAAUAUAUUACAAUCUACAAGGAAAUAUGCAGCAAUGGCUUGUAUGUUGUUGACCACCUUGAUCAGAAAGAGGGCACUUCCACCAGAGGCCAGUUGUUAAAGAAAGUGAAAUCCGCAGAUUGAGAAACUUAUACUCUUACUUUCUUCCAAAGAAAACUGGAACUUUAACAUUUGUAACACUAUCUGAUACAUGAUUUUUAAAGUCCUAUGAAGUUCAGAAAAGUUUGCACUAGGAGUGCAAAAGACUUAUAACCUGUAACUUUAUAAAUUGAAUAUGAGCUUUUUUCCUACCUUUCCAAGCUACAGUACAUUUAGUAAUAGUUUGGAUAAAUGUUAUUUAGAAAAUACAUUGUUUGCAUCAUUUUUGCACAGGAUGCAAGUGUUAAGUUUCUGCAUUAUUAACCAUAUGGUAAAGCUUAUUCACAUUCAUGUAUAAUCUACUGCAGUAAAAUGCUGAUUGACAGAAGCCGAUAGUUGGAAGAUUGCAUAUUUUUGAUUCUGGAACAUUAUCUUUGCAUUUUCCCAAGCAUUUUUCCUUCCAAAGCAGAAAGAACCAGUUUCAUCCUCUGUAGUUCGUGAAGACACUUCCAGUGUACAGUAAAGCAACCACAAGAAUGUUCUAUAGUUAGUUAGCAAGUUGCUCCAGAACCAUGCUCAAACGUAACAUUCUAGAUUUGAGAAGACAAAUGUAAUAGUUUCUCACAUGGAUAGAACUAUUAGACAAAUGACUACAUCAGUAUUCAUCUUCAAAACAACAUCUCUUGUUCAGUCUUAUUUGUGUAUAAUACAAAGUAUUUAUUUUUGUACAUACAAUUUUCUUUAAAAGGCACCAUGCAAUGAUAGUUAUCAGUUUUAGCUAGUUUACUGAUUAUUCCCAUAAUACUAGACUUUCUGAUCCAUUUUAUAAUUCCUCUUGUUCACUGCGCUCACGAGAUGAGACCCAACGAUUUAGAAUUAAUUCCUUUAAAAAAGAAAUUCAUUGAUUAUUAUAGAACAAGAAUGUAUAAAUAAAAAUAUGUUCACUGAUCUUA